CGUCUGCACGGCUCGGUCGGAGCCAUUUUGAAUUGAGCGAGUUUAGCCCAGGAGUUGUACGGAAGGCCUGGAGUUGUUACAUGCGAGCAAAAAAAUUGGAUUUUCUCGGACCAAGAGCGGCCCUCGAGCCGCCAUAUGGACGGAGAUGGUUUCAUAAAUCAGCGAUGGAGGGGGAAGAGUCCGGUCGGGCCCCGUAGUGUGCGAUCGGGGCCGUAUUUUACGCGCUGUAGUCUGUGAGUUUUUUUUUCAUCUCUCUGUUUGAGUGUCUGCAGUAUGGAAAUGCCAUUUGUGUGGCUAGGAGGGUGCUUGUACACGCUUCUGUUGUACUUCACUCUCUCGGCUUCCAGCGAGUUGGACGUGCCAGGAUCCAGUCCUUACACUGUGCAUCUGGAAAAUUCAACUUCUGUAGGAAAAGCAGUGUUCGAUGCCUGGUUAGGCCCCGGGUGGCGGUACCGAUGGGUCCCCGGGCCGGGCACGCACCAAGCCCGCCGCUUCUUCUCACUCGACCCGGUAACCGGCGUGUUGUCUGUAUCGAGGGAACUGGAUUGUUCGCGGUUAUAUCACAACCCUUUUACCGCUCAUAUUGGGGCUAGAACUGCAAAAAUAGCCUCCAAACACGCGUCAGGACGCAAAUCAGCUAGUUUAUUGUCUGAACCUCGCCAUGAAGAGGUUUUUGUUUGGACAGACUUGGACGCCGAGUCCCCGGGCCGGACCCUGGACUCAGUAAUUUCAAGAACUCACGAAGAUGUCGACUACACUUCGAUCCCUGUAGAACUCUGGAUUCACGGAGAAAACUGCAGGUUUAGGCACAGAAAGAACCUAAACCAAGCCUUGCAGUCGUUAGGCGUUCAAACUGUGCAUCUCCAUAGACAUGCAAAUCACCAUGCAAACAAUGCAGUCCAAAAUGGUGCUGCCACAAACUUGUGUCUGUCGGAAAACCAACUUCUGUUUUCCCCUGCUGACUAUGUUCCCAUGAACAUACUACAGUCCUGUCAAGUGUCUUACGACAUCUUAAACUCGUCGUUAAGUCUUGGUCACACCGGUUUUGGUAUAGUCACGAACGAGGCCCUAUGUACGGACGAAGACAACCCUAGUAUUACAGUACAGGUAAUGUUGGACCUUGUAUGCGACGUCGGAAGCGUUCCGAUGUCGUCGCAAAUGCUUCUCCAUGUCAUGUUGGGCCGUCGCGUCCAGCCAGAUUUCGUACCGGUCAGAACGUUGCACCACAUGUUCAAAUUCAGGAGAAAACGCAGCUCGAACUCCUUCCCAAGCUUCGGCCCCAGCCCUGCAUUCGUCGUACAAGUUCCGGAGAAUGAAGACCCAGGUUACGUGGUGACCCUUGUAACGGCCACCGACCCAGACCCGGGCGAAGCAGGGAGGCUACAGUACUCCAUGGUCGCGCUGCAGAACUCGCGCAGUCAGGACCUGUUCAGCAUCGACCCUGCAUCAGGAGAAGUGACCACACAGGAAGUACUGGACCGUGAGGACAUGAAUAGGCAUUUCUUUAGAGUAACGGCACGAGACAACGGGAGCCCGCCGCGCAGCGCAACAGCAACGCUGCAGAUCGACAUCCUCGAUAUGAAUGACCAUGACCCUGAGUUUGAAGAGAACAGCUAUCGCGAGGCUGUGCUCGAAGGGAUUGAGAUCGGCUCCAACGUGCUCACCGUCCGUGCCACGGACCAAGACAUCGGUCCUAACAGCGACAUCCGAUAUUCCAUCAUCAACCCGAGCGGCACCAACACUGCUUUCCAGAUCAGCAGACGUGAUGGCGUCAUUACCACGACUGAAGCUCUGGACCGGGAAACGACGGCGUCAUACCGUCUGGAAGUACGUGCCAGCGACCAGGGCACCCCACCCCGGACUUCAGACGUCGUGGUGACCAUCACAGUAUUGGACGAAAACGACAACGAGCCGCAGUUUGAACAGCAAAGUUACGCUAAGGACGUGCCAGAGAAUGUACGACCAGACACGGUUAUUCAGACAGUCGCAGCGACAGAUCCCGACGAAGGAACGAACUCCCAGAUACGCUACAGUCUCAUUGGUGGAAACUCGCAGGGCCACUUCACCAUCGAUAGUGCCACGGGCGACAUAUCGGUCAUCACAAACCUUGACUUUGAGUCAACGCCUCGAUAUCGUCUGAUUGUGAAAGCACAGGACAGCGGACGUCCGUCUAUGUGGAGCUCGGUGGUUCUCACAGUGAGCGUGAUCGAUGUGAACGAUCACGACCCUCAGUUUGUGAGCACGCCGUUCGAGACGUCCGUGUUUGAGGACGUCCGCGUGGGGUUCUCAGUCAUCCACAUCCAGGCCAUUGAUGCAGAUUCGGGGUCGAAUGCCGAGCUGACUUACAGCCUUGCCAACGUCCCAGCUCGUAUGCCGUUCGAGAUCGACGGCGACACGGGCUGGAUCGUGACAAACGCAGAGCUGGACAGGGAAGCGCACGCCAUAUACGACUUCAACGUGCAGGCGGCAGACCAAGGUAGUCCCGCCAGAACGGCCGCAGCGAGAGUGAGCAUCAAUAUCCUGGAUGUUAACGACAACGCUCCCGUCUUCAACCCGAAGGUGUAUUACAUCAACGUACCGGAGGAUGCAAACCCUGGCACGAGUGUUCUCACCGUCACCGCCAAUGAUGCGGACGAGGUUGGUACGGUCUCCUACCAGAUCACAGGAGGCAACGUGCGCAACAGGUUCAGUAUCACGAGCCAGAACGGCCUCGGCACGAUAAGCGUGGCUCUCCCAUUGGACUACAAGCAGGAGACGCGCUUCGUUCUCACCGUACAGGCGACUGACCGCAUGCUGUCCGACGAUGCACAGGUGUACAUCAACAUCACAGACGCCAACACCCACCGACCAGUGUUCCAACAGUCGCCAUACUCCGUGUACGUAGACGAGGACGUUCCCAUUGGAACAACCAUCCUUGUCGUGUCGGCAACUGACGGGGACGAAGGGGAAAAUGCACGGAUCUCGUAUUCGAUGGACAUCCUCAACGCUUUCGAGAUCGAGCCAAGCACGGGCGCCAUCAAAACGAAGCAACGGUUGGACCACGAGGCACAGGCCAGCUUUGCUGUCAGCGUGACGGCUACAGAUCACGGCGUGCCGUCCAAGUUCGACGAGUCUUAUGUAGACAUCAUCGUGAACGACGUCAACGACAAUGCACCAGUUUUCCUACUGGAAAGUUACUCGGGCUCAGUGAGAGAAGAUUGCAGUAGGGGAACUAGUGUAACGCAGAUCUCGGCGACCGACGCGGAUUCAGGCACCAACGGUCAGAUCCGGUACACCUUCACGGGUGGUGACAACGGAGAAGACGCGUUUGUCAUCGACGAAAGGUCGGGUAUCAUACGUACCGACAAGCGUCUUGACCGUGAGCUGAUACCCGUGUAUAACCUGGUUGCGUACGCAGAGGACCAGGGACAGCCAGAGCAGAAGACUCCGGUAGAUAUCAUUGUAACCAUUGAGGAUGUGAACGACAAUGCACCACAGUUUCCCAGCGACACGAUCGACAUCUACGUGCCAGAAAACCGCGUGGUUGGCUCUGUUGUGGCCAGAAUAACCGCCAAUGACCCAGACGAGGGACAGAACGCGGAGGUGAUGUAUUACAUCACGAAGGGAAACAACCCGGAGCUUUUCCAGUUGGAUAUCUUUUCCGGGGAGCUCGUGACGCUGAUCGACUUGGAUUACGAAGCGCGAAACUUCUAUGAGAUCACGGUCCAAGCCCGCUCCAUGCCCCUGUUCAGCGAGGCCAUCGUGAACAUACACAUUCAGGACGAAAACGACAACAUCCCCGUGUUGCAGGAUUUCGAGAUCGUGUUCAACAACUACCGGAACCACUUCCCGACGGACUACAUCGGCAGGAUCCCCGCGUUCGAUCCUGACGUGUCGGAUCGGUUGGCGUACAGCUUCACGUUUGGGAAUAACGCGAACCUCCUGCACUUGAACCAGUCCACGGGAGAGAUCAAGCUCAGUCCGCAACUGGAUAGCGACCGAGCGUUCGAGGCACAACUAGGGGUGAGCGUCACAGAUGGAAUCAACAAGGUGUCAGCGCAGUGUCUGCUGAAGGUUUCCGUGGUUACGGACGAGAUGCUGUCCAACAGCAUCACAGUCCGCCUGGGCAACAUGACGCAGGAGCUGUUCCUCUCUCCUCGGUACAACCGCUUCGUGGAGGGGCUGGCCGCCAUCUUACAAACACCACAGGACCACAUCCACAUCUUUAACGUACGUGACGACGUAGAUGUGUCACACAAGAUCUUAAAUGUCAGUUUCUCUGCACGGGAUCCUACACAAAUCCGGACGGUGUACUACACCCCGCAGUACCUCCGGGAGCGUGUGUACCUCCGCCGGACGCUCCUUAACCAGCUGACCGCCGCGACCGUUCUACCGUUCGACGACAACGUGUGCCUCAUCGAGCCCUGCCCCAACUACGAGCGCUGCGUGUCCGUGCUCAAGUUCGACAGCACCGCGCCCUUCGUCACCUCGGAUACGGUCCUGUUCCGCGCAAUCCACCCGAUCAAUGGGCUGCGGUGUAAGUGCCCGCUGGGUUUCACGGGAUCGUACUGCGAGACGGAGAUCAAUCUGUGCUACUCCUCCCCUUGCGGCGGCAACGGGAACUGCAUGCGGAAGGAAGGCGGAUACACCUGUGUGUGUAACGAAGAUUACGCAGGAGACAACUGUGAAAUCAACGCCAGAGAAGGGCGCUGUACGGACUACGUGUGUAAGAAUGGCGGGGUCUGCACCAACCUGCUGGUGGGAGGCUUCAGGUGCAACUGUGGGAUGCAGGGAAAUCACGUCACCGACUUCUGCGAGGUCUCCACCCGGAGUUUCCCGCCCAGAUCCUUCCUGACGUUCCCGGCGCUGCAGCAGCGAUUCCGCAUGCAGCUGUCUCUCACUUUUGCUUCCCAGAACCGAAACGCCCUCCUGCUGUACAACGGGCGCUACAACGUGAAGCACGACUAUCUGGCGCUGGAAAUCGUGGACGGACAGAUCAAGUUCUCCUUCUCCACGGGACAGGAGACGACGGUGGUGCAGCCGCACGUCCCGGGGGGCGUGAACGACGGGCAAUGGCACACCGUCACCAUCAACUACAUGAACAAGCCAUGUUCUGCUGAUGAGCCAUGUUCCAACAUCCCCUACGGACCAUCGGACAGGAAGGUGGCUACCGUGAGCAUAGAUGACUGUGACACUGCCAUCGCGGUGAAGUACGGAUCCGUCAUCGGGAACUACAGCUGUGCGGCUCAGGGGGUUCAACUCAGCGGGAAGAAAUCGUUGGACCUUACUGGCCCCAUGAUCAUGGGAGGCCUCCCCAGCCUUGAGGAGCAGUUCCCCGUCAAGAACCGAGACUAUGUGGGCUGCAUCAAGGACUUCUACAUCGACAACAAGUUUGUCGACCUGGCCAGCUACAUGUCCAACAACGGGACCACGGCGGGCUGCCCGGAGCGCCAGCAGUUCUGCACAUCCAACCCCUGUCGGAACGGGGGGACGUGCGAGAACGACUGGGACAGGUUCUACUGUAGCUGCCCCACGGGAUACGGCGGACCCACGUGUAACAGACAGAUGAGGGCCCCGAAGCGUUACUCCGGUAACAGCGUGAUGGACUACAGCGUGUCUAACCUGCCUGUCAUCUCGCUCCCGUGGUACAACGGGCUCAUGUUCCGUACGCGACAGGCCAACGGGCUCAUGAUGAGGAUCAACAUCGGCGACUUCAACGUCAUCAACCUGGAGUUGGUGAAUGGAUUUCUGCAGUACCGUUUCACCCUGGAGACGAUCACCAUGACCAACCGGCGCGUGAACGACGGAGAUUGGCACGCUGUCGAGGUGCGGUGGACGGACUCGGGAGAGCUGGUGGUGGACUUGGACUACGGCGGAUCUGUGAACUCCACCACCAUAGCAGACUGGAUCUCCCAGUUGCGUAUCAGGAAGGUGAAUGUUGGAGGCCUAAAGCAAGGAGCGGGAAACAACAUCGUAGUAGAGAACGGCUUCAGGGGAUGUAUUCAGGGAGUUACUCUGGGGGGAGCGCGUGACCAGCUGGACCCGAACACGGCCACGAGUCACAACGUGGAGGACAACUGUGUGGUGGAUGACCUCUGUGACUCCUCGCCAUGCCCCGCCAACUCCUUCUGUAACGAUGAGUGGGAGAGCUACUCCUGCCAGUGUGAUAUAGGUUACGUCGGUCGCGGGUGCGUGUCUGCAUGUGAGUUGAACCCGUGUGAGCACGGCUCCACGUGUGUGGCCAUGCCGAGUGCCUCGCACGGCUACAGCUGUGAGUGCACUGAUCUCUACCAGGAGCACCACUACCAGCCGAAGGACAGUGAGGUGUGUUACCCGUGUGACUGUUACAUGGAGGGGUCCAACAGCAUGGACUGUGACCAGGAGACCGGGCAGUGCUCGUGUGGAAACGGGGUGAUCGGGCGCAGGUGCGACUCCUGCCAUAACCCCUUCGCUGAGGUCACCGGGAGGAGCUGUGAAGUUAUCUAUGAUGGUUGCCCGAAGUCCUACGCCGAGGGGAAGUGGUGGCCACAGACAAGGUUUGGUCUGACGUCACGAGAGGAGUGUCCGAGCGGUGCCUCAGGUAUAGCAGAACGUCAGUGUUCGGAGGAGACUGGCUGGCUUCCACCCAACAUGUUCAACUGUACCUCCAGAAACUUCAUACCGCUCAAGACUGCUUUGGAAGGACUGAGAGGCAAACUGAGCAGUGAACAGGCACAGAACAUCGCACAGGACCUGAGAAACGCCACGGUGGACACGCCCGAUCUCUAUGGCAACGACUGCUGGAGAGGGAAGCGCAGGAGGGCGGUCUGA